AUGCCACGAGUGCACGUCCCGCCAUGGCACCCCUAUGCACAAGUUGCAGCGAGUGUACUACGAGCUCGGCAGGAGCGGAGGUACAGAGAGCCAUCUCCACAAGAGUACGAACAAGCCCCUGCGGACAACCCGGACACACAGAUGGGCGGGGUGCCGGAGCCGCAACAAGUCCCAGAAGGGUCUCGGCCACCCUUUCUAUUGGUGACGCCCCCACCUGACCUCCGCAUUCCCGGCAAUCAACUACCCCCCCAUAUUAUGGAAUACAUGAGGCAAUGCGAAAACGGAAAGCAGCCCAUUGUUCAUUAUUCUUCCGGCGGAGAGUUCGAAGCCUCACUCGAGAUGAACAGCGAUAGAGUCUACCACGUGAAAUGCGGUCCACUAUGGUGCGGCGAUUUGGACUGCAAAGAGGAGGUCAUUUUGUGGCCUUACCCUCAAGAGCCACCGGACUGGACGCGUGACAAAGGAUGGGAACUCCCUGACGGAAAUCCGUUCAGGAAGUCUUACGAGGGUCGCUUGAGGCCGCAUCUACCCUUUGUCUAUGACGCGAGCCAGAACCGCAUGUUCAUGAGUCAUGCCUUGGACGGAUGGAUUAAGUAUCAGCAGGCUCUGGAAGCGCAGCAGCAGGCUCUGGCAGCGCAGCAGGCGCAGCAGGCACAGCAAGGCAAUCAAGAUGCAGGACCGUCCGGGACUUGA